UAAAAAUAAAUCAAGAGUCAUGUCAAUGGAACCAACCACCUUGCUUGUGUGUAUCAGUGUGGCAGGAUAUGCCUAGGCGGCGAUUAUUGCUAUAUACCAAUCGAUCGAAGCGACCUUUUUUUCUUUUUCUUUGGAAAGAUCUGCCUCGUCAACGCUUAUGGCAAGCCAUAAACGCUCAGUGUUGUUGGUAAAUGCUGGUGCUUGAGCUUUGUCUCCGUGAAUGUCGCCUACACUUUGACAGCUGAGUGCAUCGCUAGCAUGGUAUGACCAUAGCUCUAUGGUAUGAUAGACAUAGAAGCCCGAGGUACACGUCGGUAUACCGCGCGCUCAUUCAACAUAUCGGCCUCAUCACCGUCAUCGAAGAGACAAUCAUCAUGAAAUGGAAGACAUGUUCACACUUCAACCGUACUGGUUGGAUCAUGGCAGUGACCGCGUUCAUACAUCUAACGAUAACAUAUGGGAUCAUUUCUAGUUUUGUUGUUCUCUUUGUCUCUCUUGAAGAAGAAUUUGAAUCAUCAGCAGUAGCCACAGGAUGGAUGGGGUCAAUGGCAUGGGGCGUGGCGUCCAUGUUCUCCCCCAUCUCAACGGUGCUCUUCCUGCGAUGGGGUCAUCGGCCCAUCGCCUGCCUUGGUGUCCUCUGCUGUUCCAUUGGUCUUCUUGUGACAUCCUUCCUAUCAAACCUCUGGUAUAUGUAUGCAUCAUUCGGCUUCGUCUUCGCGGCAGGGACGAAUAUGAUCAACACCGUUUCCUUCCACCUCACAGCCCUCCAUUUUCCGGGCCAAAACGGGGUCCGACCUUUUGCCUUCGUGUGCUUAAGCGGUGGCGUCGCAAUGCUGGCUGGUGCUCCUCUCAUCGGUGUAUGCAUAAACUCGCUCGGAUGGCGAAUCAGUUAUGCAAUGUUCUCAGGCAUCAUAUUCAUUUUAUGUCUACCUCUAUGCUACUUUUACAAGAAGCCCUAUGCCUGCCAAAGCAGCGUAAAUGAGGACAUGAAUAAAUACGGACAGUGCACGUCAAAUUGCGUAGGAAAAGAUACAAAGGAGAUGGAACGCAUAUGCAUGCUUAAUGACCUCGGGACAUGCAGUGUUUUGACUGAUGCAGACAAAGUUGGGUUUAAAUCAGAGUGUGAACGCGAGGUAGACAGCCGGCUUCUGAAAUCAAGAUCAAGGACCCAAGACAAGAAGCUUGCUGGACAAGCUGAAGUGGAUAAAACAUCCUCAUCUGGAUUAGGAACCAAGUCCGUUAAACACCCAGUGCAGGAACACCACAUAGACUUGACUUCUGCAUCUCAAUCAAGCGAGUGUGAACGCGAUGCGUUUGUUCCCAGCGGCGAACUGCCACACCCACAACAGAAGGACACUUCCGGUGAGGACAUCGGGGUCGAAGAAAGGGAUCGCAGCAUGAUGGAGAUCAGUGAAAGCGUUGUCGACGUUGUAGAUGAUGGUGGUUGGUUGGAAAGAAAGUGUGGCUUUGCUAAAGUUCCAGGGUUGUGGAUGGCCGCCUUUGGAACGAUGACAACGACGGCAGCAUCAGUUUUUAACGUCAUCAACUUGGUGAGCUACAUGAAACUGAUUGGCUUACACGAAAGGACGUCAUUCUUACUGAUCAUGGGAAUAGGUCUAGCAGAAGUGUUGGCAAGAAUGUUCUAUUUUCUGGUCGGCUCUAGUUUACCGGUAUCAGGAAUGACCGCCAUGUCUGCUGUGAACCUAGCCGGGGCUGGACUGUCAGCCUGUCUUGCUCUACUCCCGAAAAUUGAAACUAUCAUUGCUUACGUUAUUGUCGCUGGUAUGGCCCGUGGUAUAUUCUACACAAUAAAUCUGCCAUCGUGUUUUGAAUUAUUUACUGGAUUAGAGAGCGCUGUCGUCAUCACUUUUAUGAUGGUAGGAAACGGUCUAGGCGGGCUACUAUCGUCAAUAUGUGGAGGUUUAAGUUUUGAUCUAACCGGUUCAUACCGUGCAGCCUUCUUCACCUGUGCGGGUCUAUAUUUCACAUCUUUCCUCAUCUUCGGUAGUCUUCGACUCUGGCCAAGAACAUUGGCCCAAAACAUCGUUCCUCCUCGGGACUCACAGAAUUCCAUCUAAAUCUGAAAGUCGAGGUCGAUACCAAACAGCAGAGAAAUGUUCUACCCAUAUGAGCUUGCAUGGUUUAGAUCUCGGAAGAGGGGGAGGGGGUAAAAACAGUGUGGGUAACUUUCCAAUUGGUCUAAACAAGCUUCAUCUACUUUGUUCUCAUCCUAUUUUGGUCUAAUCCCAGUUCUUCUAUUAACCAUUUGGUUAAUUGCUAUUUUGAACACCUACAACAUUACCUAAUUCCAGUUGAUCUAAUAUUCACUUGGUCUAUCAAACAUCACUUAUUGGGCGUCGCAAGAAACUCGCAAGUCUAUUUUCGGUCCCUAAAUCAAUCAUAGUUUAUUUUUAAUGAAUUGCAAAUUUGCGAUUGAUUCCUUAUCUGCUUCCUGACACAAGCAGCGUAAUUUGAUUUGCUACAUUUAAAAUUGAUCAAUUGUAAAAUUGAAACAAAUAUUUGCAAUUGAUUUUCUUCCAACACUCCCUUGGGCUUAUGGUGAAAGGAACUUCUGAACCAAAAUGUCUUUCAACAAAGUAUGAAAUACAAUUUAGACCAACUGAGCGAUUGAUGAAUUAAUAAUUAGACUAAGAGGGUAUUAAAUCAAGUGGUGUGUAGACCAAAUGGCACUUAGACUAAAUUGAUGGUAGACCAAUGCUUUACUUUAGUCCAAGUGGUUAGGUCUUAGCAUUACUGAAGAAGCAGACCAUCUGCUAUAGAUUGAGGGUGUCACGCGCGUAAAACAUUCCCCAUAGACUUUUGUGUUAAAAUGGCACUUUUGAAAAAUUCAUAAAAAAAUAAAUGUGAAAUUAGAGGGUGGAAUGUUUACUACCAAUGGAUAGGUUAUAUAUCUGACAUUCCAAAUCUGACCAGGAUAGGGUACCGUAGCCAGCUCAUUUUAAAAAUAAAUCGCAAUUUAUGAAGAUAACUAUGAAUGGAUCGAAUUCAUCAACUGAAACAGUAAAAUAGCCCUAAUUAUUCCGCCAGUCAAAAAAUAGUUCCAAGUCACUUAUUUAUCUUCCCAAUUUGGGCGAAGGAAGUUCAGUAGUUACCAUUUUUAGAAUCAGUGUUAGAUUUUGAAUCAUAUUUAUACAUUUUUGUCAAUCAGCAAUAUCAAAUUGACAAAAUUUCGAAUGGGUUGGGUCGAACGAAUAUCUUUAGCCCUCCUGAUGUAAUUAGGCCCGUGGAACCUAUAUUAUAGGACCUAUGAAUUUUAUUUUUUUGAAUAGCUACUUUGCUAUUCUUAUAUAUCUGUAUACUCACACUAGCACAAAGAAAUGCAUUGAAAAUGUCUAUUUUCUAUGCAAUGACCCAUUUUAAUGUGUUACUCAUACAUGUUAUUUUCACUAUAUAUGGAUGUAUACAAAUCAUACCUGCAUAUAGCCCAACAGUGAAUGCAAUGACAAUAUAGGUCCCUAUCAAUUUUAAUAUAAAGGUGUAUGUAAAUUCUGUGUAGAUAUCAGGAUACCAGAACUGCCCGAAACAUAAUUACCAAAUAUCAAAUAUACAUGAGAUUGCAUGGAUGAGGAAACAAUAAAAGAAUGAGAUACUACUUUAGUAUACUUGC